AACUGUGUCUACCAGAUCUCCAAAUACCACAACUGUGUCUACCCAGUCUCUACCUGCCACAACAGUGUCUACCCAAUCUCCUUAUACCACAACUGUAUCUACCCGAUCUUGUUAUACCACAACUGUGUCUGCCCAGUCUCCCCAUACCACAACAGUGUCAAACAUGUCUCCACAUACCACAACUGUGUCUUCCAAAACUCCGGCCGAUACAACACGGGCCGAUACGAUGGCAAGUGAUGGUAAUCUUUCCAACGAUGCUAUCGUUGCCAUUUCCGUCAACAGUGGGGUCGCCUUAAUCCUAAUUGUCGUCGUAGUGUCGUGCAGGAGGUUCCGCGCUCUGCGCACAGGGAAAUCACACACUUCUGUUGGGCUUCAUAGUCCUGCGAACCAUACCUUAGACGAUACAAAUAUUGCGUCCUGUCAAAACAACGAGCAUGAAGAAGAUGAUCUUGAUGGUACUGUGUACCACAGUAUAUACGAUACUCAUAUUGCGUCCUCUCAUAGCAACGUACACGAAGCACAAGGCUACGAGAGCCUUAGCAGGUAUGGCGACCAUGACAACCAUGCAUAUUUUGGUAUUAGCCCUGCCGACAACACAGUAGUUUUAGAGCUGCGUGACUAUGAAAUACCCGAUAGCCAUAUGUAUCUAGACUUAGAGCCCAGAAACGGAAACACAAAUGACGAACACAGAUGCGAAAACGUGUAAACACGGUGACCCCGACGAUCCUUCCCAUAGAUCUCACCUGACCACCAAAAUGCCCAAGGUGAGCAAGUGUGAUCACCCUUAAGUCCGGCGUCCGUCGUCGUGUUGUAUAAGAUGUGUGAAGUGCGACAUCAACUGUUCGUCAGAAUGUUUAUCUGGUCAAUAUCUAGCCUGACUUUGAAUCUGAGUCACAUGUGUCCAAAAUAUAGUCACCAUGUCAAAUUUUAGAAACAAACAUGAAAUCAUGGCACCAUCUAGAUGAAGUUGGAAUCUGGGUCAGGUGCGUUCAAAAACUUGGCCACCAGGUCAACUCUUAAUAAAACCUUUUUACUACUCAUGAAUUAAGUCAUAAAUUAAACUUCUGUUACAUGUGAGGUAACUCUUAUCAAUAUUAAAUACGGCACUGAUGUAUUGCCAAUCAUGUGUGGGUUAUUGUUAUCCGAGGUUCGAUUAGGUUCGGGUCCCCUUUCGAUAAAUGCGACACAUGCAUCAGUGACAAUGUCCAUCUAAACGUCUUUCCGUCUGUGCAUCUAUGGGAAAUUGUAUGUAUCAGUCAUAACUUAGCCAUAUAUUU